AGGAGCUGGAGGAGGGGGGUCAGUUAAGUGAAAGCAUGGAUCAUGGAGGAGUUGGCCAAUAUGAACUUGGCAUGGAACAUUGUGAAAAAUUUGAGAUUUCAGAAACUAGUGUAAACAAAGGUCCGGAAAAGAUUCGACCAGAAUGCUUUGAGCUUCUACGUGUGCUUGGCAAGGGAGGCUACGGAAAGGUUUUUCAAGUACGAAAAGUAACAGGAGCAAAUACCGGAAAAAUUUUUGCCAUGAAAGUUCUUAAAAAGGCAAUGAUUGUAAGGAACGCAAAGGAUACAGCUCAUACAAAAGCAGAACGGAACAUUCUGGAGGAAGUAAAGCAUCCCUUCAUUGUAGAUUUAAUCUAUGCCUUUCAGACUGGUGGAAAACUCUACCUCAUCCUUGAGUAUCUCAGUGGAGGAGAACUAUUUAUGCAGUUAGAAAGAGAAGGGAUAUUUAUGGAGGACACAGCUUGCUUUUACUUGGCAGAAAUCUCAAUGGCUUUGGGGCACUUGCAUCAAAAAGGAAUCAUCUAUCGAGAUCUGAAGCCAGAAAAUAUCAUGCUUAAUCAUCAAGGUCACGUAAAACUGACUGACUUUGGACUAUGUAAAGAAUCUAUUCAUGAUGGAACAGUCACACACACGUUCUGUGGAACAAUAGAAUACAUGGCCCCUGAAAUCUUGAUGAGAAGUGGGCAUAAUCGUGCAGUGGACUGGUGGAGUUUGGGGGCAUUAAUGUAUGACAUGCUGACUGGAGCACCUCCAUUCACAGGGGAGAACAGAAAGAAAACCAUAGACAAGAUUCUCAAGUGUAAACUCAAUUUGCCUCCCUACCUCACGCAAGAAGCCAGAGAUCUGCUUAAAAAGCUGCUAAAAAGAAAUGCUGCCUCACGUCUAGGAGCUGGUUCUGGAGAUGCUGGAGAAGUUCAGGCUCACCCUUUCUUCAGACACAUUAACUGGGACGAGCUGCUAGCACGGAAGGUGGAACCUCCCUUCAAACCCUUAUUGCAAUCCGAAGAGGAUGUGAGCCAGUUUGAUUCAAAGUUUACACGUCAGACACCUGUUGAUAGCCCAGAUGACUCAACUCUCAGUGAAAGUGCCAACCAGGUCUUUCUGGGUUUUACGUAUGUGGCUCCAUCUGUACUUGAAAGUGUAAAAGAGAAGUUUUCUUUUGAACCAAAAAUUCGAUCACCUCGCAGAUUUAUUGGUAGCCCUAGGACACCAGUCAGCCCGGUAAAGUUCUCCCCUGGGGAUUUCUGGGGAAGAGGUGCUUCAGCCAGUGCAUCAAACACUCAGACGCCUGUGGAGUAUCCAAUGGAGACCAGCGGAAUAGAACAAAUGGAUGUGACAGUUUGUGGGGAAGCCUCGGCACCACUUCCAAUACGACAACCAAACUCCGGGCCAUAUAAAAAACAAGCCUUUCCCAUGAUUUCCAAACGACCAGAGCACUUGCGCAUGAAUCUAUGACAACACAAGUUGUUUGCUUUUCUUUUUUUUUCUUUCUUUCUUUCUUUCUUUCUUUUUUUCUUUU